AUGGAUGGAGUUAGGUCCUGGAUGACGGCCUUGGUGAUGUCGUUGAUGAAUGUACUGACUGUGGGUUACUCGGUUGAACGUUAUGAUAUAGUGAUCUACCAGAAUGUGGAGACCCGCAAUUCCUCAUUGUCCUGCUUGUUCUGCUUUAACGGGGAUGCCACCAAUGACUGCAUGACCCUAAAGAACAUCAGCAACAUCCCAACGAAAACCUGCAUGCAACAUGAGCCUUACUGCAAGGUUCGGCGAUUACACAAAGACGGAGAUCUGGUGACGUUUGACAGAUACUGUGCUUCUUACUGCAAGCCCGGCUGUACCGAUGCUGCACGUUACUUGGAGUGCGUCUCUUGCUGCAAUCAUAAGUCUGAAUGCAAUGUGGACAACGCGGCACCAAAUGGACGGCCAAUAGAACGAUAUCCUGCCCUGUUUAUACUCACUAUUCUGAUGUACUUGUUAGGACAAUCAUGA